GUCGGGGUGGGCCCGAGAUAUGCCAUCGAAAUGCCGUCUAAAUCUGAGUCGACACUGUCGUAAUGUAGUGGCCCAGGGACAACAGCAGCCAAGUGUUUUCGGCGUCGGGGCGACCUUUCCCCAGUCGCUCUACACGGCCCUCACUGGGAUCUAUUCGGUCUACGAUCCAGCCUGGAACUAUGGCUAUACGGGCACAAGCUCGGGUGCUGGCCGAAGCGCGCUUGCCUCGGGCGGCGCCAAUCUGACCUGGGCCGGAUCCGACACGAUCCCUUCCAAUGUGACCUACGCCGACCCCCAGGGCCGCGCUGCGCAAUUCAUCCCCGUCCCUUCUGUCGUCAGCGCCAUUGCAAUUGUCUACCACCUCAACAUCAGCAGCCUUACCCUUACCCGACAGAACAUUGCCGAUAUUUUCUCUGGAAAGAUCACGAGCUGGAACGACUCCAGACUCGUGCAAAACAACCCGGGGCUCUCGGCCAUCAGUGCCCCGCUCCAGACGAUCGUUCGGAGCGGAAGCUCCGGAACCACGUCCAACUUCCAGUAUGCCUUGAAUCGAUUCGACCCCACGCUCAACCUUCCUCCACCGUACAUUUAUCCGAUCUCCUCCUGGGGUGUGGCAAGCACACCCUUCUUUGGGUCCACCAAUCAAAUGAUAUCCGAUGCUAUUCAGGUCACGCCGAACACGAUCGGAUAUGUUGACUUUCCCGAUGCCGACAGUACCUUGCAUUCAUUGACAUCGAGCCGCAAUCUCUACGCGUUUGCCAACAUCAUCAAUCAGAAUGGAGACGUGGUUACGCCUUCGAUGCAAACAAUCAUGGCAUCGCUUUCGUCCCUCAACGCUGUAAAUCUGUCCACGCUCAGCCACUUUUCGGCAGAUAUCGGCAGCUUGCUCCAGUCGACGUACAUUGACUCGACCACCCAAAACGCAUAUCCGCUGAUGGCACCGUCCUAUGUUUUCCUGCGCCAAGACUCCCAAAUCUACAACGUAACAGAGGCACAGAUGCGUGCCACUCUGCGACUCAUAUUCUGGAUGAUCUUUGGGGGAACAGAGAGCGACACCAAGAUUCGCCAGUUUGCCUUCGACGCCCUCAAGCUCGUUACGCACAACGGGAAGGCACUCUAUGAUCCCGUGUCGCCCUGUAAUCCGUACUUUGACAGCACCGGUGCAUAUGACUCCUCCGUGACUCAGUGCAUCUGCGACGUUGGAUAUUACAACAACAUGAAGACCGACUGCUCGGAGCCAUCGGCAGCCUUCAUGCUCUUGGUGAAUGGAAUGCACUCGGGCAAUAUAGCCAUCAUGGCGUUUGUGGCAAUCACCGGGUUGAUCAACGUUGCCAUUUUGGUCCUGCUUGUCAUAUGGAGGGACAACCCCAACAUCAAGCCCAUAUCGCCCCGAUGCUGCUAUGUCAUCAUGUUCGGGUCACUUAUUGGUCAGAUUGGUUCGGUCUUCUACUCAGCAGAGCCCAGCCCCUUGAUUUGCUCAUCCCGUAUAUUCUUUCCGGUCAUUGCGUUUUCGUCCGUGUUCAGCAUGCUUCUCUUGAAGUCGGUGAGAAUAUACAUGAUAUUCGAGAACCGACGCAUGCGCGUCUUCAAGACUCCCGACUGGAAGCUCAUUUUGAUCACCAUGAUCAUUGUGAUGAUCCAAGUCGUCAUCUGCAUCAUAUGGAUUGUCGCGGAGAGACCCGUCACCCAGGUCCAAGGCAGCCUCUAUGCACUCGUAUGCGUUCCGUCGACAGGCGCAAUCGUUGCCCCCGAGGCGCUCCUCUACACCAUCAACAGCUUGAUCCUGGUUGGAUGUGUGGUGCUCGCCUAUCUGACCCGGAAGGCUCACCAGCGGUUUCAAGAGUCAAAGUCCAUCGCCUUCUGCAGCUACAUCGUGCUGAUGACGCUUCUUCUGUGCUUGCCGAUCGUUUACGUGCUCUCCAAUAGCACCGACUCACAGGCGCUCUUCAUGAUCGGACGCAUCAUGGUCUCGGCUCUGACGAUCGUGAUUUCUUCGCUGGUCCCCGCGGCUCUCUUUGGCGUAAGGCUGAUCACAACUUUCAAGAACGAAAGGAGUGACAGGGAAUCCCAGACCCAGCGAGCGACCUCUCGACCAAGCCAGGCUUCCUCGGUUACCAGCCAAGGGAUGGCCAAGGCCAACGUGAUCGCCUACGCCUAUGACUGCGGGGUUCAAGGUAUCAAGUUUGGUGGUGCCUGGGUUUCGUCGACGGUCGUGGUGUUUCCGGGACUGGAUGUCAUCGACUUCAGAGAGCCCGAUUCGGAUGGCGCUAUCCAAGCAAGCUUUCGCUUCUCUUCAUGCGACUGCGGAAUAUGCGAUCAGUCGAGUGAUCCAGGGUCUGAGAAGGCCCUCGCACGAAGAGUCCGCCUGCGCCGCAACAAGGCAACGUACUUUCUCGAGUUUGGAUCCAAGGACACCGCGCUCACGUUUUUGGUCAACCAUGCCGAGGUCAAGGCGAGACCCAGUGUAGCCUCAGCCAAGAAGGGAGAGGGCUUCGGGGCGGCUGCUGUCGCAGGCACCGCCAAGAGAGGCAACACAGUAUAUGAUCUGUUGGACAAGCAAGCAGGCACCGAGUCAACGAAGAGUGCAAUGGACUAAAUCAAACGGAGCGUCUCGCAUUUGCUUUUGGGACUGAUUUGAAUGGCAAUACACAUAUCUACC